AUAAUACAUAUUUGUUGGUACUUUAUAAAUUCUGGUCUCAAUUCCUCUUCUAUUAAGGGUCUCUAAGAAGCACUCUACCUGAAAAUUUUCUCUUCAUGGCUGAGUUUACAGAAUAUUUGCAGAGGCUAAGAUUUUCUCAGCCUGUCAUAGAGAUGGAUAUGAACAUACAAAUGUUGAAGCAGCUUCCAGAGCUAAAUCCAAGCACCUUAGAGAAUUUCAGUGUCAGUAACUUCUCAGUAGACUCUUUCUUGGCCCACCUCCAACAACCUCCUGAAUUUCCAGCAAGCUAUGGUCACAAUAGUAUUUCAAGUGCUUUCCAUCACCCUGACAUCUUGAAUUCUGCACCAAUUGUUCAUACUGUCACUUCCACCUCGAGUCAAAAUGUUUUCCGUGACAGCUGCAAGAAGAGAAAAGCAGAGGCACAAUCGACCAGCAGUUCCAAGAACAUUUCUGCCACUGCCUCUACUUCCAAUACAAAGAAAAAGAAUAAGUUAGGCAGAGGUAAAAAAGGGAAGAACAAAGAGAAAGAAGUGGAUGAAGCAGAAGAAGUUAUUCAUGUUAGAGCAAAAAGAGGCCAAGCUACUGAUAGUCAUAGUAUAGCAGAAAGGGUAAGAAGAGAGAAAAUUAAUAACAAGUUGAGAUGUUUGCAAGACCUCGUUCCUGGAUGCCACAAGUCAAUGGGAAUGGCAGUUAUGCUAGAGGAGAUAAUCAAUUAUGUCCACUCCCUGCAGAAUCAGGUUGAGUUCCUUUCCAUGGAGCUUGCAGCAGCAAGUUGUUCAUAUGACCUCAACUUGCAAACAGAAUCUUCCAAAAAGGCUCAGGGAACAAAUUCACCUGGAGCACAGGAGAGGCAGAAAUGGUGGAGAGAAGGAUAUGGAGAGCUGAGUUGCUUCCAAUCUGCAUGGUCCAUUUGACUGCAUUUUUGGCCAUUACUGUUUUGUUGCUAGCUACAAAAGCACAUGAAUAUGCUACCUAUCCCUUUUUCCUACAAAUCAACUAUGUCUCUAUAUAUGUAGCAGACAUGCUAUCGAUAUUUCCAUUAAUUACAAUUCACAAAAGGUCCAGAAACUAAGUACAAAAAAAUAAAAGAAUAAUUAUAUUUC